CAUCAAGGUCUGAAGUGUGUCUUUCCCCGUGCAGUGUCCCCUUCCUUGGAGUGCGAGGGUGACGGGUUCCCCAUCGACUACGGGUCCAGGGACACCAUCAUAAGAGCCGAUGCAAAAAAGGAACGAAGGCGUGGGCAGAUAAGGAGGGCCAACAGCUGCAGCAGCUGGGAUCGAGGCCCCGUCAGAGCUGAGGGCGGCAGAGAGAGGCACCAGGCUGAGUUCGGACUGAGCGGCGGCGCAGCCAUGCGCUGCUCCACCCUGCUGUUGAUCUUCACCAUGGUACUCCUUUACUUGGUGAUGGGAGCGCUGGUGUUUCGCUCCCUGGAGGCUCCGCUGGAGGAAAAAGAGCAUGCGGUGCUGAUGGACCAAACCCGGGCUUUCCUGUUCAACAACUCCUGCGUUGACCUGUACACCCUCAACGACUACGUGCAGAAAGUGCUUGAGUCUGUAGGUGCGGGAGUGGACGCUGAAGCUGCUAUACUCAAUAAAACCUUUUCCACGAACUGGGAUAUGGCCAGUGCUCUUUUCUUCUCAGGGACAAUAAUGACUACCAUCGGCUAUGGAAACAUCUCCCCCAAGUCAGAUGGAGGAAAGCUCUUUUGCAUCUGUUUCGCCCUCGUGGGAAUCCCAAUGUUCGGCAUCCUGCUUGCUGGGGUUGGUGACCAUCUCGGUACCUGGCUGAGAAACACUGUUGCCAAAAUAGAGAAGCUCUUCCUGAAGUGGCGCGUCAGUCCUACUGUUGUGCGUGUGAUCUCAGCAGUCCUGUCCAUCCUGCUGGGUUGCUUGCUUUUUCUUGCUGUGCCCACUUUGGUUUUUCAAGAGGUGGAAAACUGGUCCCUUCUGGAAUCUUCCUACUUUGUGGUUAUCACACUGACCACAGUGGGCUUUGGUGACUAUGUUGCAGGGGAAGGUGAAUUUAUGACCCGCAUAGGAGAGAACCUUUUGCCAGAGUACUGGUACAAGCCUUUGGUGUGGUUCUGGAUCCUCCUGGGUCUUGCAUACUUUGCUUCCGUCCUGACAAUGAUCGGUAACUGGCUCCGGGUUCUAUCAAAGAAGACCAGGGCUGAGAUGGAGGAACUGAGAGCCCAUGCCACAGACUGGACCCAGAACAUCCAGAACAUGUCCGUGGACUUUCGUAUUCCAGGAAAUUUAGAUGACCCUUUCAAGCGUCGCCGACGAAAGCACCGCCAUCGCAGCCAUGGUCACAGUCACAGUCACGGUCACAGCCACUCGGCCAACGGGGCCCCAGGAGAAAAACAAGAGCAAAACCAGAGUCAGAACGAAUCUGGAUCUUACUCUUCUUCCUAUUCUUCUUCUGAAUCAGAAUCCGGAUCUGGAUCAGAAUCAGAAACAGACUCUCAGGCCACGCAGACCGACCGGGUUCCAGGGACGGAGGCUCCUCCGGACCCUGUCCAGCCGCAGCCUCUGGACUACUUGGCGGAGAACCUUGCCUUCAUUGACGAGUCCUCGGACGCCCAGAGUGGCAAAGUGCAACUAGAACCAGUACAAGAAUCAAAACAACCCAAUUCUCGUCAGGCAAAGAGGAGACGCCACAGGCGGCCAACUAAUAGGAGAAGCUCUAAAACCAACUACUCCCACAAUAACAAAAGGCAACCCAAUGGAAACACAACACCUGUCCCAGAUCUUCCAAAAAAGCCCCUGGACUGAGAGUACUAACACCUUAUGAGACCCUGCUGACGGAGGAGGUCUCAGUCCAGCAGUUCCUUUAUGUGUAACUGCUGCCUAUAUACUGUCAGUUAAAACAAAGACACAAUGCUGAUGCCUUAUAAACCUUUGUGUGGUUUGCCAUAUAACUUUUCUCUUUGCAUGUGAGUGCAUAUGCAGCAAAUGAAAAGAUUAAGAUGCCAUAGGCUUGACGACUUUGUGAGGAGCUACUGCUCUCUACUGGCCUAAAACGGUAUUGCACUGAUCACCACUGUGUCAAAAUGAACCACUUUUUUUAAAUAAUCCGGGUACUGCAACCCGAUUUGUGUCGUCAGAAACUUGCUACAUCAGUGUGAAACUCAAUUUAGAGGAAUGUUGCUGUUACCCGAGUCCAUUGUCCUUGAAUCCUGCCAACAAUCAAACAGAUUUACUUUUUGCUACCUAACGAGUUUGUAAAAAUAAUAUGCAUAGCCAUCCAUUUGCAUUUUUGAUGGUCAGAUUCAUCAGUGCUACUAUUCUGCAUAAGUGCAUUAAAUAACUUUUCAAAAA